CUUAGUGURUCAAGUGAUGGUUUAAGGACAGGAGUACUGGAGAGAUGGUCKAAAGCAUUCGAAAAAAACUAUGUGACGAAAACUCCAAGAACUUUACCUUAUCGCGGCUCUACAGAAGAACUUCAAAAUCUAGAAUUAGAGGAUGUAUGUGAGGAAGUGCAAGAAGAAAUUGAUACCAAAAGUGGCCAGCGUUUUGCAAAUAUAAAGCAAAAUCGUACUUCUCUUUCAAAAGUAACAAGAAGAAGGAGUAAAGAACUCAUUAGACCUAAAACCCCUGGAAGAUCAGGACUAUAUCCUGAAGUAUCUAUUGGUAAUGGACGACCUAAAUGGCAAUCAUCCACAAAGAUUGAUCCACAAUCUAAAAUAGAAUCUGACAAACAACCAAGAAUUACAAAUUAUCCCAAAGAACAACAGUUACUAUCUGUUACCAGAAGUCCACAACCACCAUCUAGUGCAAGAAGUAGGAAAUCAGAUUCUAGUCCUGUACAACGUAGACCAGCUUCACCAAAUAAUAUUCCAGAUGUUGCAGAAAUCAAACCAYUUACAUCACCACCAUCGGCUAUCACUAUCAGAUCACCAACACCAGUCAGUCCUUUUUUACCUGUAAUUCCUGUUUUCCCUGUACAUCCUGGUACUGGAGGAAAACCAAUAACACAGCAGAUAGCAAUAGAUUUACGUAAUGUAGUAUUUGGUUCAGCAUUGACAUCUUUUAAUUCUGACUGGAGAAGUCAACACAUAAACUUCCUGAAACAUUCCUCAUAUGGUAUAAGCUUUUACAAGCCAGGUCCUUGUGGAGUAAUUGCUUGCAUUCAAGCAUUCUUAAUGAAAUACCUGUUAUUCUGUCAGCAAUUAUCUAUCAUGACUGAGAGUGUGUUAGAACCAUUACCUUCAGAAAGGCAACAAGCACUGGUUUCAGCAAUGACAGAUAUGUUAUGGCAGGCUGGCAAGGAGUCUCACUGUGCUAUUGUAGCUCUUCCUGGCGCAGAAACAAGCAAGCUUCCUUCAAAGAAAGACUACAGAGGAGAUGGUUUGACUGAAAAUCUUGUACUUUUUGGUUUCGAUGACAUUAAGGAAUUGGAAAAGUUCAUCAAGAGACAUUUAUCAUUUUUUGAGAAUACCAGUGGAAAUGGCUGUGUUGUCUUUCUGUAUUCUGUCAUACUGUCACGCACUAUCAAUCGAGUGAGGGAAGAUCUUGGACAUCCUAAUUCAAUUCUAAUGGGACCCAGUGAUACCUGCUCUCAGGCAAUGAUCAACCUGUUACUGACUGGACGGGCUGUCAACCACACCUUCAAUGGAAUAAUGGAAUAUGACAGGAGGGGAAAAGCUUUGCCCUUCCCUCUCAAAGGCGUUAAAGCACGAAGCGAUGUGGGAUUUUUGACUCUUAACGAACACUUUAGGCCUAGAGAAUUUCAGGUCGGGAGUAUGUUAAAGACUCCAAAAUAUCCCGUCUGGGUUGUGGACAGUACUGGUGGUCGCUAUAGUGUCAUAUUUUGUCUAAAUUGCGAACUUGUGAAUGAUUGGCGACUCGAGAGGCGGUUUAAUUUACACUACUACAAUGGCACUACAAAGUAUAGCUCCUCGCUUGAUGACAUAAUUACAGUUGACACACGAGAUUUCGUGGAUGAGUCAGAAAUUACUCAAGAUAUCCACCCAGUUGAGCAUUGCCUAAGAACAAAGUGGCCUGGAGCUGUUAUAGAGUGGAAUUAGUGGACUCCAACACUACAAUUAGUUUCAGUUAUUUAUUAAAGUUUGUUUUCAUAAUAAAUAUGAAGGUAUUUUUUUAAAGAGAAAGAUGUACAAACCAUAUUUUGGAACUUUAAAAGAUUUUGCACAUUUUGAAAAUAAUAAAAAGUCAUUACAUGUAA